AUGGCGGAUGAACUACGGAUUGUGCUGCUUGGCAAAACUGGCGAUGGGAUAAGCAGUGCUGGAAACACCAUCCUGGGUGGGGACUUCUUUGAGGUGAAAUGCUCACCGGAGUCCACUACUCAGAAAUGCACCGUCCAGUCCAACAAAGUCAACGACAGGCUGAUUUCCAUCAUCGACACUCCCGGAUUUUUCAACACCUGUUUGAAGGAGGACGAACUGAAUCAUGAGAUUAUGAGGUGCAUGACUGAGUGCGCUCCGGGACCGCACGCUUUUGUGAUAGUGCUCCGGCUUGGAGGAUACAACGACCAGGAGAUAGUUGUGGUCCAGAAGUUUCUUGGGGAGGAGGCAUUCCGGUAUGCCAUCAUCCUUUUCACUUUCGGGGCUGAAGGAAUUGAUGCUAAUGAAUAUAACAUCAUUGAGAAGGUUGUGGCGACUAAUGGAGAGUUAAAGAAGCUUGUGGAGAAGUGUGGAGGCCGCUGUCAUGUCAUCGACAACAAAUACUGGGCCGAAGCUCAGGCGGGCUACAUGAGCAACAAGACGCAAGUUGAAGAACUGCUGAAAACUGUCGACAAGAUGGUUGCCAUCAAUGGAGGAAGCUGUUACACCAACAGUGUCCUGCAGGUUGUCGAUGAGGAGAUAAACGAAGAGACAGCUCAACUCCAGAAGAAUGAGAACAAGGGCGAGAAAGAAAACAGACAACAAGCUAAGGAGAAUGUUCUCAAGAAUAUACUCGCAGGUAUGACCGGGGCCAUUUAUGGUGCCCUUUUUGGACUUGCAAUAACUUUUGUGACACCAAACCCUGCGCUCAUCAUCAUUAAAAUUGUCGAAGAGGCCAGGGAUGCAAUCCAAGUGGCAAAGAAUGAGGAGACCAUUAAAAGUGCUCUAUACGAGGUCAUGAAGAAUAUCAAGGUGAAACUGAAUUAA